UGCAGGUACUUUUAUUUGGGACGUCUUUCCAUUGAAAUUUUAAUCGGAAUCCAGUCUUCUCGAAAUCUCUGGUUUCCCAUUUUGAAGAUCUGCCAUGUUUGAUUCGGAAGGUUCUUACGAUGUUGACGAAACGCCCCAUUUCACGUUUAUCUGGACAAUCGAAAAUAUUCGUUUGCCUAUUUAUACAAAGUGUCCAAUAUUCACUGCGAAAAAUUUGGAGAUGACUCAAUGGAGUUUAUUCUUAAGUUGUGCAUCUUAUGGAGAUGUUUUUCUUAGCAUUUAUAGAGAGCGGGAUGACGAUGGUCCAGACAGUAUUGAAAUUAAAUGUGAGCUUUCAUUACUCCGAACUGAUGGAUUACCUUUAAUUAAAAAAGUAGAGAUAAAUAAGUUCGAGAUUUGCAGUCGAAUCGUUUUUGAUUUUCCGGACGAGCUCGAAGUUUUUUUGGGGAGACGAAACGAAUUCUUGCCGAACGACGAGCUCACAAUUCGCUGUCGAAUGUGGAGAACAGGAACUGAAAUCUUGAAACCCGAUCUGUGCUUCGCUCGUACCCGGUUCAGACCGAAUCGAUUGUCCUUCGUUUGGGCAGUCAGAGAAUUCAGCUCUCUUCGGACAGGUCAGGUGAGGAAACUUUUUCUAGACACAACCUCAACCGAAGAAAUAACGCUUGAAUUUUUUAUAAAAGAAACCGAAGGGAAAGAAUACAUAAAUGUUGUGUUUGGCGAUUCUCUCGAUGCAGUUGAAAACAUUAAAAUGUGUUUAUUAGAUUUUGAAGGAAAAGUUGUUCAUUUCGCAAAUGAUCUCGAAUUUACAGAUUUUUUUGAAAAAGACAGACUGACAGAGGAUAAAGACACUUUGCUACCUAACGACGUGCUGACCUUGCGAUGUGAGAUCGAAUUGGCGGCCGAAACUGAGUGGAAUCGAAUCGAAAACUAUAGGUACCUAAAUUCGAUAAAUUCGAACGUCAUUGCAACAGAUGUCGGCGAGAUUCUUCUCUACGAGCAGGAUGAGGCUUUCGAUACAUCUUCCUCCUAUACAAAAGACAUGGAAAGAUUGCUCGAAGAAGGUGAUCUGAGCGAUGUCAUUCUCCGAACACGUUCCAAAUCGUUUCCCGCCCACAAGUGUGUCCUGAGUGCCCGUUCCCCAGUCUUCAAAGCCAUGUUUAAAGACGUGGAAGAGAAAGCAAGCAAAUACGUCGAAAUUCCUGAUAUGGAUGGAGACACGCUUCGAGAUUUGUUGUCUUACAUCUACACGAAUGAGGUUGGAGAACUAAAGUGGCAAAGUGCUCUGAAAUUCUACAGAGCAGCGGAUGAGUACGAGCUGCUCGAUCUGAAGAAAAAGUGCUCGAUUUUCUUUAGGUCACACUUGUCCGCAAGCAACGCUUGUGCCGUAUUGAUUUUAGCCGAUACUCACCACGAUCAAAGGCUGCGUGGAACAGCGAAGGAUUUCAUAAUAAAUCAGCGGAAGGAAUUUUUUACGUCCGAUGCAUGGCGAAGUUUUAAAGAAGAAAAUUUUAAAUUAUAUGUAGAAAUACUGGAACAAAUGGCUUUUCGUCACUAGAAUGAAGUUAGUUAAUUACUGCAAAGACCCAAACCUAGAUUUAAAAAAAAAAAAAAAAGGAUGUUUUGGAAAUUCAAGACGUGUGUGAUAGUUCAUAUCUGAUUUAGAAUGGAAACUUUUGUAGGAAAUCUUACUGAAAACUAAGCGGUUAUAGACAAGAGCAACUAGGCGGCGAUAGGUGGAAAGUUUAAGGGACAGAAACAUCUUGAAGUUCAUGAUUCUAAAGUCGAAAGUUGAUGGAGAUGAGUUUGAGUCAACUUUCGAAAGACUUCAUGUAUGCACUCUUCAGAAGAAAACUUUGUUUCCUGAAGGGUUAGUUAACAAAGUUCUAAAGAAGAAAAUUACAAGUUAUACGUAAAGUUACUGGAGUGAAUUGUUCGAAACAUGAAGAGUUAUUAUUAGAUGAAAAGCAUUGAAAAACUAUCUAAGAGGUUAGUGAAUAUAUUCACAUGUCUACUUCUGAGUAGAAGACAUUGUUACCUGAGGAACUAAUUAACGAGGUUCUUAAAAAAAAUCCGAGUUAUACGAAGAGUUAUUGAAAAGAUCUGUUAACUUGAAGAGUUAUUAUUAGACGAAAAGCAUUGGGGAAAUCAUGAAAAAAGCUACAGUUGAGUAUAAUAGUUCAUGUUCGGUUUAAAUGGAAAAGUUUUGAAGUAGGAGGUAAUAUACAAGAUCAAUUAGGCGGUCGCAGGUGAAAGAAGGGACAUAAAAAAGAAAGGCAGAAGAUCCUGAAGUUCAUGAUUGUGGUCUAAUGUUGAGCAGUUUGACGUGCUGCCUUUUUAUAGAAUUGUUUGGAGUUUUACUUGCAACUGGUAUGUUAUUUGCUUUCUUGUUUUAAUGGUAUUUUUUGUUUUAUGAUAGAGUGGUUUUUUGUAGUUUGUGUUUGUUCUAUUGUGAUUUUACUUGGAUUUGUAAGUUAUAAUUUAUUGUCUUUUAUUUUUGGUUUAUCUCUUAAGCCUCAAUUUCUGGGGAUUUUUGGGUCACGAGGGGUCCAUAUUUUUGGACGAAAGUCAUACUUUUCAAAGAAAAAAAUCCCUAUUUCGAAUCCCUGCCUGAGAGUGACCCUUGAGAAAGUCUUCAGACCGAAUUCAUCAUUUCUUUCUUUUUUAUUCUUUUUAUAUUAAACUUAAUAUUUUUUCUAAUUUGCCUAAGUAGAAGACGUUUCUUCCCGAGGAAUUAACUAACGAGGUUCUAAAAAAAAUCCGAGUUAUACGAAGAAUUGUUGGAAAAAACUGUUGGCAACUUGAAGAGUUAUUAUUAAACUAAAAGCAUUGGGAAAAUCAUCAAUGAGGUUACAGGGAAGUGCGAAUGGUUCAUAUCCGAUUUAAAAUGAAACGUUUUGAAGAAAAUCUUACUAAACUAUGUGGCAAUAUACAAGAUUAACAAGGCGGUAACUGGAGGGAGAUUUAAACAACAGAAGACCCUAAAUUCAUGCCAUGUGAAGUUUAACGUAGCAUGAGGUUAAUUAGAGAAAGUUUUUUAAAAAAUCUUUUAUGCGGGAAAUUUUUGUUUCUUAGGAAAAUAGAAAUUAAAAUCGGAACAUAACAGUAUGCCGAUAUAUGAAACAAUAUUCGACAAAAAAAUUACAUCGGAUAAUUUAAUAAAACAAGCUCUACUAAAGAUGGAUAUUUCCUCUUUUAUUUCCAAAACAGCGUAGCUCGGCAAUGUUUUAUCCUUAAUCUUUGCCUGUCUUUAUUUUAUUUUUAAAAAAAAACUAAUAAUAGGGCAGUGAUAUUACAUGCAAAAGAUUGUACGUAUUAGGGCAGAAACGAUGCUGCAAUUAAUAUAAAUCUAUAAAUAGAAAAUUAAGUUAAAGAACAGUAUGGUGGAGGGAUUCCACGAUUUCCAGCCGAAAGCAUUCGGCGUUAGCGCAAGGGUUGCGCAUGGGGAAAAAGUCGACCUCAGGGUGCAGGUCUGCCGUUUAACUGGUUGUCUUCUGCAAAAUGCCACAAGGGGACGCUCUCUGCCCAAGGGGGAAAACGGUGCUACAACGGAAAUAAAAUAGGUAACUCUGAAAAACACAUUUUUUUUUUUUCAUUUUAAAGUAGUUUAAAAGAAAAUGGUUAUUAUUUAAGAAUAGGCAGUGGAGAUAUAUAGAAAAAAACAUUUAAAUUUUAAUUAAUUUCGAAUUAACAUUUUGGUUAAAAUUUUAAUUAAUAUUUUGGAGCCUUUUCUUUAAGUGGACAUUUAUUAUUGAAUAUUUAAUUACUGGCCAAAUUUGGUAGAUCUAGGUCAAACAGUUUGACCUGUAGAACAUCUUGAAUGAUUUGGCCGCAUGCAAGCCGCCUUUCACAGUUUAUAGUGAUUUUGUCUGUAACUGUGUUUACAGUCUAUACUAUUUGCAAAUCUAUAGUGAUUAAUGUAAAUUAUCGAGAUUUAUUUUUUCAUACAAGUAAAUAUGUAACUGUGUAUGUUUGCUGGCGUUUUACACGGUAGACAUGCCAAAGAUCUACCAAAUUUGACGCAAACAUACUUUGCAUUAAAGUUGGUAGAAAAGGUAUGCACACUUCAACCUUCUAAAUAGGAUUCAAUAACAACUCUCCUGUUUUGGUAGACAGGUGCACACUUUAACCCUCCAAACACAUACCUACUUUGGAAGGUUAAAGUGUGCACAAUAGAAGAAAUUUUUUAAUUUUAAAUUUCACUAUUAAUUAAAGAAAAAUUAAGUAAAUUUUUGGCGCAUUCUUCUGCGAUAAUUUCUAAAAGUAUUGUAACAAAAGAAUAAAUUUUAUAUCAUUCUAAAUUCAAAUAAUUAUUUUUUAAUUACCAAUUUAGCAUUUGUAUAAUAUUGUUCGGUAUUUUUACAAAUUUUAAAAAAGUUAUUCAUAGAAUUCCAUUAAUACUUGUUUCAAUGUAUCAAAUUUAUUUUAUUAUUUUAUCAAAUGUUAAAUAAUAUGCUUUUCUUUUGUAGAAAAGGAUAUAUAAAUGUCUUCAGUUUUUUUUUCAGUCAAAUUCAAAAACAAUUCAUCUUUUAACGUUGCCCAUUUUAUAAAAAUCAUUUUAUUAAUAUAAACUAGGAUAUGCUGUUUCUGAUUUUAGCGAACUUUUAAAAAUCAGCUCUCAAAUAUAAUUUUUAAAAAUUGUGUGUGUGCGUAUUUUUUGUUGUUAUAAAAUUCAAUUCAAUUCAUCUUGCAAUUCUUUUCUUUUUUCAAAAUUUGGAAUUAAAUUUGUUUACUUUGUUUUUUUUAUUUCUUUAAUGUCAUAUCUAUGUUUCAGACUUACAAAAACAAUUUUUCUUUAAUAUUUUAUUACUUUAUGUUUUCAUUGAUUCAAACUAAAUUUUGAAUAAUAUUAUUUGUGUGAUUUAUGUUAUUUAAAUGAUUAACGUUAUUUAUUUAGUUUAUGUUUUUUAAAUGAUUAACAUUAUCUAUUUAGUUUUUGUUUUUCAAAUGAUUAUUAGUAUUUAUAAACUGAAUAAUUUCGUCUUUAUAAUGUUUUGUAUGCUUCUAAAAUUCUGUUUUAACCUCGAUGCGUUUAUCAUAUCCAUUUUUUUUGUUUUUAAGUAUUUUGUAAUUGCAACAUAUAUGCUUGCUUCUUGUUGCUGUUAUAGGAAAGAUUAUUUUAAAAAUUGUAAUUUUUGUCGUUAUUACUGUUUCAUUGGCUAUUGCAUAUUAUAACAAUGCCAGAUAUUUUUGAACAAGUUUUUAUUGUGGUCUUCAAUUUAGAUCUCUAAAUGCUUAUAAUAAUUCUUUCAAUAGCAUUUUAUGUAAUUCAGAGUAUAAUUGGUCAAACUGUUUAAUUUUCUGGCAUUUUGUGUAAUUCAGAGUAUAAUUAGUCAAACUGUUUAAUUUUCUGGCAUUUUGUGUAAUUCAGAGUAUAAUUGGUCAAACUGUUUAAUUUUCUGGCAUUUUGUGUAAUUCAGAGUAUAAUUGGUCAAACUGUUUAAUUUUCUGGCAUUUUGUGUAAUUCAGAGUAUAAUUUAUGAAACUGUUUAAUGUUCUAGCAUUUUGUGUAAUUCAGAGUAUAAUUUUGUCAAAUUGUUUAAUUUUCUUGCAUUUUGUGUAAUUCAAGGUAUAAUUUGUCAAAUUGCUUAGUUUUUUGACAGAUGAAUAAAAAAUUUUUGUGUUAUG